CGGCCUGUCCGAAGACCGAACUCGUAACAGAGAGACCUGAGGGGAAAAAAAAUCGCAACAGAGAAACCAAGCUGCCUGUUUGGGUAUUCUGAACGGCGAUUGCGGGUACCUUUAUGACUCUAUCUCUUCUCCCCUCUUCAUUGCAGCUUUUAAGUUAGUCGGAGAAAAGUUUCCAGCAGCAGACUGACGCGAAAUAAGUAGAAGGUCAGCCAAAAAAUGAGCUCCGUAGAAGAGGGUAAUGAUAGGGCUGAAAAAGGGAAGAUUAAGAGGGAGAAAAGAAUGUUGAUUGAAACUAUGAAUGCUGAAGAAGAAAGAGGGAACAAAAAGGUGGGUAAACAUACAAAUAAGAAGAAAAAGAUGAUGCUAAUGGAAACAACGGAUUUGGUGGAACAACAGAAAUCUGUCGAGGAAGAUACUUCAAAUGAGGGAAAUGCAGUGACUGAAAACGGGGAAAAGGAAGAAGAAAAACAACUUUUAAUGGCCGAGUGUGAUGGGAAAGAAGAGAUAAAUGGAGUGGGUCCUCUGGGAGAGAAGAAUCAAGAAUUGGAUGAUGGAAAGGCUGAUGUUAGAAAACACAGAAAGAAGAAGCGGUUGCUGGAAGAAGCGGCUAAGGCUGAUAGGCGAGGAGUUUGCUAUUUGAGUCGCAUUCCUCCCCAAAUGGAUCGUGUGAAGCUUCGUCAUAUUCUAUCCCAAUAUGGAGAAAUACAGAGGAUCUAUCUUGCACCUGAAGAUAUUACUGCUAAAGUGCGUCGUAAAAAAUCUGGUGGGUUUCGUGGACAAGAAUUUUCUGAAGGGUGGGUUGAAUUUACCAAUAAAAGUGUUGCUAAGAGGGUUGCUAAUAUGUUGAACGGGGAACAAAUAGGUGGAAAGAAAAGGUCACAGUUCUAUUUUGACCUUUGGAAUAUCAAGUACUUGAGUAAAUUCAAGUGGGAUGAUCUUACUGAAGAGAUUGCUUACAAGAAUGCCAUUAGGGAGCAGAAAUUAGCUUUAGAAAUAUCAGCAGCCAAUAGAGAGAGGAACUUCUACCUCGCUAAAGUUGAUCAAUCCCGAGCUUUGAGUUCUAUAGAGGAACGAUUGAAGAAGAAACAAAAAUUCCCACAGGAGUCGGGAGACAAUCUUCAACACCCUCCUAGUCCGAAGGUGCCCAAGGUGAUUCGUCAAUUCCCACAGAAUAAACCAGUUUCCGAUGAUGCAACACAAAACAAACCUCGACUCUCUAAAGAGAUCCUGGCUGGGGUGUUUGGUGGUUCUUAGCUUUCAAGCUCAAGUUGUGGAGCCCGUGGUCAAGUUGAAGAGCCAAAAUUUAAGCAACUGUACAAUUUAACUCUGUGUGGUUUUACAUUUGUGUCUUCUGCACUACUGUUGAUAGGUCGAGCUCCUCAAUUUUGAUGAUCGUACUGCGCAGUUUUUAUUGUUGUUUUAUGUUUGAAAUUGACCUUGAUAAUGAAAAAAGCUGUAUGCCUUAGUUGUGAA